AUGAAGCCAAUGGACGCUGUGCUCGAUUUUUUUAGAGGUCAAAUCGAGCGAAGGAAACAAGAAAUAGCUAACGGGACUCAUGUACUGCAAGGAGAAGGCGAUGAUUUCGUUGACGCCUUCCUGAUUCAAAUGAAGAAAGAACGCGAAAAUGGAGUGCCAACUAGCUUUGAUGAGGAAAUGCUGUUAAUGUCGCUGCUCGAUCCUAUGGCUGGCCGGUCAAGAAACCACAAUUACCACGUAAUAGCUCGCGUUGAGGAUGAGCUGUUUUCCGUUACAAAAGGUCGACGUCCGCUCUCUAUCGUAGACAGGCCGAAUACUCCCUACUACAACGCCACGAUAGCUGAGAUCCAUAGAUGCGCAACAUUAGUGCCGCUGAAUCUUUGGCGAGAUACUUCCGAAGAUACCGUCGUUGGAUCUUACUUUAAUCCAGACCGCUACUUCAAUGGUAACAAACUAGAGCAAAGAGUGGUUGCUUUCGGACUGGGAAAGAGAUCGUGUCUCGGAGAAUCGCUUGCACAGGCAGAGCUUUAUCUGAUCAUCGCGAACUUCCUGCUUCGCUACAAAAUCUCGGCAGAUCCUCUUCAUAUGCCAAGCCUGAAAGCGACGAAUGAAAUGGGAACCAUGAGGAAACCACAUUCUUUUCACAUUUGUUUUGAACAUCGAUAG